CUUUGUGAUUUAGUUGACGCGUUAUCGCCGGCCACUAUGGACGAAAUUUUAGAUUCAAUUAAAGUAAAUUGCAUUUAAAUCAAAUAAACUAGAAUUUAAUAAAGAAGUUUUGUAAACGUGCGAAUUUAGUGUCGAAACAAUCGAUGAGCGAAAUGAAUUAUGUAUGGGACAUUAGUGAUCGAUUGAUGAACGUCGUCAAGAGAAAGCUCGCGUCGGGGAAUUCGCGAUUCGCCACACGCGUCAAACGCCUCGUCGACGGAUUACGCGCGGUGCGCAAAUGGCGGAAGUCGAUACCCACCCGCCCCGCACGAGCGCCAUCUGUUUCCGGUCAUCACUUCGUGCAUCCGGACAAGAUGCCGCUCUUCGGCAAGAAGGAUUCGGAUAAGAAGAAGAAGGAGAGUAAGGAUGCGGACAAGAUGCCCUCCGUCGAGGACAAAUAUUAUCUCAAGGAGAUGCUCGGCACUGGGGCUUUCUCAGUGGUGAGGCUGGUUGAGAGCAAGGAGAGACCUCGAUGCAUGAAUGCAGUCAAGAUUAUUGACAAAAAGGCCUUGAAGGGCAAGGAGGACUCACUGGAGAAUGAGAUUAAAGUCCUAAGAAGGCUGAAGCAUCCAAAUAUAGUGCAACUUCUUGAAACAUUUGAAGACAAAACUAAAGUUUACUUAAUUAUGGAAUUAGUAACAGGUGGAGAACUCUUUGAUAGAAUUGUAGAAAAAGGUUCCUACACUGAAAAAGACGCAUCCGACUUAAUGCGACAAGUUCUCGAAGCUGUGGACUACAUGCACGAACAAGGCGUAGUUCAUCGCGACCUGAAACCCGAGAACUUGUUGUACUACAGCGCCGAUGAAGACAGCAAGAUCAUGAUCAGCGACUUUGGCCUCUCAAAGAUGGAGGACUCUGGUAUCAUGGCAACAGCAUGCGGAACUCCCGGCUAUGUUGCUCCGGAAGUUCUUGCGCAAAAGCCCUACGGAAAAGCGGUGGAUGUCUGGAGCAUAGGCGUGAUAUCCUAUAUUUUGUUGUGCGGUUAUCCGCCGUUCUACGACGAGAACGACGCGAAUCUCUUCGCGCAGAUCCUCAAAGGUGAAUUCGAGUUUGAUUCGCCAUACUGGGAUGAGAUCAGCGAUUCAGCGAAGGACUUCAUUCGGAAUCUAAUGUGCGUCAACGUCGAGAAGCGGUUCACGUGUCGUCAGGCGCUGGGUCAUCCGUGGAUAUCGGGUAACGCCGCUAGUAACAAAAACAUUCACGGGACUGUUUCUGAACAACUUAAGAAGAAUUUUGCCAAAUCACGCUGGAAGCAAGCGUAUCACGCGACAACGGUGAUCCGCCAAAUGCAACGAAUGGCGCUAAGCAGCGGCAGCAGCAGCGGCGGGCGCAGCCCCAUCGCCCAGAGGAGCAUGUCCACCGGCGAGCCAUGCGGGCGCCUCAACGGCUCCGAAGACAAAUAAGACGUCGCCGCGUCGCGCGAGGAUACUUCUUAAUACUCACGUUCAAACUACUUUCUCUCUCUCUACCUACAACUACAACCUGUAAUCACAUACGUUUUCACCUGCCAUCAGGUGUAUAAUCUUUCUCGCGCACUUGCGAAACAAUUUCAAACAAUUUACACGCAACUAUAUCCAAUUCUAACUUAAAACCUAAUACAUAAUGAAAUUCAUGCGCAUGUUGCACAAACUGAUGAAAAACACACGACGAAAAACAAAAAGACAAAGAAUUUAGCUAGGCUUAUACACGUAGAUAUCAUGUGUCAUGCAUCUUCAUCCCAUGACGACGACUUUAUUAACUGUGAAAUGUGCAAAUAUUUAGUUGGCGGCGCGCGCGUGUUUGUUGUCUUUCGCGUCGUGCGCGAGUUGAAACACACUACUGACUUCCAAACAAACCAAAUGUGAUGUGAUGUAGUUAGUCUCCAGCGCUGAAUUUAGCACAUUUUUGCUUUUCAACAUGUUGCAGCAUUUUAAAAUGUUUCAAACUAAACAGACACACGUAGAUGCAAAAACACACCAAAACUAACGAGCGCACGUACGCUGAGAUAAACGUUUCUAUUUUUAUAUACGUAUUUUUUCGGUUCUUGCUUCUUUCAAACAUUCGUACGGAUUUUCUAGAGAUUAUUUGUAUUAUUUUAACUAAUUUUUUAUACACAUUAUUAUAAUAUCGGUUAUUGUACACACUUAAUUCAUAUCAAAUUGUUAAUACUCAACAAGCAACUGUGUGUGACAUAAUCUAAUAGUUUUAAGCUCCGAACGCGUCCGGCUGCAGAAAUAUAGGCCUCGAUCAAAUUGUCGCGCACGCGUUUAGAUUUCGCAAUUUGUUUCCAGAUCUUUGCAUCCUGCAGAUGAUCUCUAAGCAAUACUAAGUGUUAGAUUGUAAACAAAAAGCGCCAAUCGUGUUUGUGCAGAGUUAAACGAGCUUGCUUAAUGUCUACACACACAAACCACACUUACACAUAAAGUCAACUAUGUAUUUGUUUUGAAAACAAGUGAUAUGUAAGUAGAAAAGUUGCCAAAAUGUUACGUUUCGGAUUGGCCUAGCAACUUAUCAAAAUUACGCCUAAAACGUUUGGCAUUUUUCUAUCAACAAAGAAAAAAACAAAGUGAAUUUAACUACUGCUACUCGUCCGUUUGUUGCAUUUUAGAGUUAGACUUGACAGACGCAGAACCUAAAUCUUUAUCUGAUUGAAAAUAACUCAUAUGUGAUAUGACAUGUACUAUUAUUAUAUAUAUACAUACUAUAUAUAAUACUAUAUAUAUAUUCUCAUACAUAAUUUGUUGUUGUUAUACAAAGCGCUCUGUGCUGGGUCGGGGUUUUAGUCGAGAAUAUUGUAAUCAUUGUAUAAUCAAUUUCGAUGUGAAACGCAGAAACAAAACAAAGAAACAAGGCGCCAUCACACACACGUACACGCAGUCCCCACACCAGUACUGGUGUGCAUCUAGUUCGAAUCACGAUCAUGUGCUAGUCUAAUUAUUCUUACGAUAUACAAAUAAUUGUCAUUGUUAACAAUAACAGAAGCCAUCCAGACGCGCAUCCACAUGUACACGCGAACACACAUUACAAACACGUACAACGAGCUCCGCGAUGAAAAUCUGUCUCACCUUGCACACCAAAACAUGAAAUAUAUAAGCUGCGAUCGAUUAACGCGCUGUAAAACAAGUUUUAUUGCAUCUGUGAUGAAUAACGGUCUAAACAAUCGCAGAGGGGUUUUCAUCAAGUUAAUUACUUAAUACUUAAUGCCUAUAUGUAAUAUUGGCUUGGAUUUAACUGUUUUUUAGUAACUAGUUACAAAUAGUCUCUGUCUGUUUUGUAAAGUUUUAAAACUUUUCAAUUGUUUAAACUCUAAUUGUUUAAAAAUUGCCCCAAGUUCAGACCGUUAUUCAAGGCAUAAUGGCGCGUUAUUCUGCCGCAUGCCAUACAUUAACAAAUUGAAACGAAUAUUAACUAGUUAAGUUAUAAGUGGUGAAGGUGGAAGAUGAAGAAGGUGCGCUGUGUUGAAUGGACUCUUUGACUCUUUCAUGCGAAUGAACGUUUUUGAGAAAAACGAAUAUUUAAAGGAAAUAUUGAUGAAUUAUUAUGAACUAAUGAAAGUAUCUAGCUGUAAUAUCUGAUUAUUGCGAUUCACUGUUGAUUGAUCUGUGCAUUUUACUGCAUUUAUUGUUCAUUCUUUCUUGAGGAAAGCGGCGAGGAGUCGACGUACAAUGUUAUUGUUUACUGAAAGUGUCAUAUUUUUUAAAUAAAUGAUUUUAGCCACAA